ACCCCACGCAAACCUUCCUGCUCACGCCUCACGGUUCACCCGCCGCCCUCGUUACUUUUUUCCUCCGACCAUCGUCCGUCGUAGACGACCGUCACACGAGGACGCGUGUCCCGGUUUUCCUUCGAGGUGAAGCGCGCCUCCUGUUCUCUCCCUCUGUGGCAAGAUCUUUUCGUCUUGACUUCGUCGCAGUAGUUUAGAGGAACAUGUCAUUUCCAUUUUUACCUUCCAAGCGUGCUUAUGAAAGAAAUCCCAUUGAGCCAAAUGGGAGAGCAAAAUGGCAAAAGACAGGACCUCAUACAAAACAGCAGAAACAGAUAAAAGCACCCACUGGGGUUACCAUGUUCCGAGUUCUGUGUCCUGCAUCAAAAUCUGACAGUGUGAUUGGUAAAGGUGGAGAAAUUGUAGCAAGGAUACAGAGAGAAACUGGUGCGAAGAUUAGACUUGAAGAAAUUGUAUCUGGUUGUGAUGAGAGAGUUAUUCUUAUUACUGGAUCAGAGAAAGAUGCAGAACUUGGCAAUGAACAUAAAAAAGAAGAUGAAGACACUGUUGUUUCUGAAGGCGACGUCAAUCUCAAGGAAAGUGCUGAAAACAUUGGAGAGGCCGAGGAUUCUUCUGCUCCAGAAAGUACAAAAGUGGAUGGAGGACCACCGUUGUUAGUUAAUGCUCUUUUGCUUAUAUUUGAGGGAAUUAUUGAAAAUGAACCAGUUAAUGAGGUAGAUGAAGAAGAAAGUAAGAAGCUUUCUACAGUUUCUGCGAGAUUGUUAAUUCUGUCUAAUCAAGUUGGUUGUCUACUUGGGAAGGGUGGGAGUGUUAUCAAACAGAUAUCAGCAGACAGUGGAGCCCAUAUUCGCAUACUUUCAAAAGAUAAACUUCCUUUGUGUGGCACACAACAGGAUGAAAUUGUCCAGGUAACUGGAGGGGUUGAUUCAGUGAAGAAAGCUCUUCAUUUAGUUGGUCAGCAGCUCCUAGAUAACCCACCACGCGAACGUGAUCCAUUUCCUCCGGCAAAUUCUUUUGGUCCCUCAUCACAUCCAUUUACUUCUAUUCCUCGGCCAGAAGGUCUUCCACUACCUAAGUUUCAUUAUCCUCCUCAAGGACCACCCUUCUCUAACAGGUCUCAGGGCAUGCCUGACUUCCAUCAAGGCAUGGGUUCACCUUUUCCUAAAUUUCAUGAAAGUGGACCACCCAUCCAUCCUCAAAUAUCUGCAGAGCCCAUCACUUUCAGGUUACUCUGCCCUGCUGAGAAGGUUGGAAUUGUGAUAGGGAAGGGAGGGAACACUGUUAAAACUCUUCAAAAUGAAACUGGUUGUGAAGUAAAAGUUACAGAGACAACUCCUGAGUCAGAUAAUCGCAUUAUAAUCAUAUCUGGUGUUGCAUUUCCAUCGGAUGAGGUUGCGCCAGUACAGGAUGCUGUUCUUCGUGUGCAGCACAGAAUAGUAAUGGGUGUACCUGAUCCUAAAGAGGGCACUGUCAUGUGUAGGCUUAUUGUUGCUUCCAAUCAAAUUGGUUGUCUUCUUGGCAAAGGUGGAGCUGUAAUAACUGAGAUAAGGAAGCUUUCUGGAGCUCAAGUACGUAUCCUUGGUAAAGAUCAGAUCCCUACGGGUGUACCUGAAAAUUAUGGGAUGGUCCAGAUAUCUGGAGAAUUUGGAGCAGUUCAGGAUGCAUUGUUACAAAUAACUUUUAGGCUGAAGCAACAUCUUUUCCGUGAUAAGUUACCUUCCAUGGAUCCCAACAUGCAUCCUUCUUUUGUUGAGCAAAUACCUCCAUAUGGAUUGCACAGAGGAAGGAGGGAGUCGUCACCCUCCAUGUUGAACUCUAAUUUGCCCCCAUUUCAGAAAGAUUUUGUUGGUCACCCCUUUGAGGAAAGAGCUGCCUUUUCUCAUCGAAUGCAUGGUUCAGGUAUUCCUCCUCUUGGCGUUGAGAGACCUGGACCAUGGCUACCUCAGGGCAUGAGAGAUUCUGGUGGCCCCUUGCCUUUACCUGAUUACCCUGGAGUAGGUCCACAUAGAAGGAUGGGUGGAUUUGCUAGUGGAAACCAAUCAGUUCCUAUUGGAAGUGUAGAUGUCGUUGUUCCACGGUCUCUUGUACCUAACUUGUAUGGUGUAGAUGGUGGCUGCCUAAGGUGGAUCCGUGAGAUAUCAGAAGCAAAAAUUACGAUUACUGAACCUAGAGCAGAGGCAACUGAGACAAUGAUCAUAAUAGCUGGAACACCGGAACAGACCCAUGCUGCUCAAAGUCUCAUCCAAGCUUUUGUGCUGAGUGAAACUAGUUCCAUAGAAUCGGCCAAACCUUGAGAGAAAAACCAUGCAUCUCUUCUUGUUCAGUUUUUUCACUUCCGUCUGGGGUUUCAAACGUCUGAUUCAUACCUUUUCAUUAUUGCGGUUCUCUACUUUUCCAUCAGUGAAUCAAGAAGCUUCAAGAAAGGAGAACAUGUUUGCAGCUUAGAGAUUCUAAAGGUUGAAGCUCUGGUCAAACAAUAUUAGGUUUUUGUUGGAACUCAUGAGUUUCCUUGAGACUAGUAUUUCUGGAGAGAUUUCAAAAAUUAUGGACAUUUAGCUGAAUGAUCUAGUUUACCUUGCAAAUUAAGCCAAGAAAGAAUCUUCAUUCCAUGUAUUGGCUGAAUUUAAGUGUGGUUUUUUAUAUUCUAGUAGGAAGACAGCAUUAACUGGCUGCUUUUAUGGAUGCUGCAUGUGUUAACAGUAAACACAGUAAAGGAUCUUAGGUUAUUAUCUCUAAGUUUUCUAUGAGCUUUUGGUUUUCUGGAACAAUAUGACAAUGAAGUUAUACUUUUUAGUUGUUUUCUUAA